GAUUAUGCCAGUCGUGAAAAAUUAAGUGAUGUUUGUAGUGCGUAAUUAUUUACAAGUCGUUCUUGAGAUUUGUUGCAGAUUACAAACUCCAAAUGCUGUGACAUAAUGGCAAUUUCGCAUUUCUUGUUUACAUUGUUAACCUUAUAGUAUAUAUAUUUCAUCCCGAAUGUACCAUUAACGAAGAUUUCACAUUGACUAGAUUUUAAUUUUACUAACCUUUGCAUUCAGAUUGUUCUAUUUUAAAUAUUCAAUAAAAUGUAUCCAAGAUGCGGAAGUAACGGCUCAAUUCAAAACAUUCAUCAAACACCUUCAUCGUCAAACCAGAAUACAGAAGAUGAAGAUGACAGCGGAGACAACAAGCCCUCAGCACUUAGUUUUAAGGAGAGAAGACGUGAAGCACACACUCAGGCCGAGCAGAAAAGACGAGAUGCCAUAAAGAAGGGGUACGAUUCCCUCCAGGAGUUGGUCCCGACCUGCCAACAGACCGACGCGUCAGGUUACAAGCCAAGUAAAGCUGCGGUUCUUCAAAAGUCAAUCGACUACAUCCAAUACCUGCUGCAGCAGCGUCGCCGGCAAGAAGAAGAGCGCAACGCCCUCCGCAAGGACGUGGUGGCGCUGCGCAUCAUGCAGGCCAACUACGAGCAGAUCGUGAAGGCGCAGCACUCCGUGCCCGGACACAGCGAGCAGAGGCUCACCGAUCAGGACAAGUUCUUAGUGUUCCAGGGUAUAAUGGACAAGCUAUUCGAGUCUUUCGAGGGUGUGCCAACGAAUAACUUUGCGGAGUUCUCAGCGGGCGUGUUCAACUGGCUGGAGGAGUACUGCAAGCCGCAGUCGUUGAGGACCAUGGUCCACGGCGUUCUGCGAGAACAGAGUUAUACACCCUAACGUACAUGUUUGUUGAACAUUUAUAUCAGCUUUGUGAAGUCUCCAUAACUCGUCUUUACUAGGGCUCAUAUUAUGUAUUGUAAAAAUGUUUAGGUACAAGCUAAAGCAAUGAAACGAUGUCUUUAUUUCGGUUGAUAUAUUUAUACGUCUGAAUGAAAUAUGAAAUACGUCUUGUACUUUAAUACUCGUCUACUUUUACUGCCUAUUCUGAUAGAAAUAUAAAGUUUACCCAUGCAAAUGAGAUGGGAGGCUGUUUCAACUAAUUUAGUUCUUAUUUUAUUGUGCCCUAGUCGAUUCGAGAUGUUGGAGAUAAAAAGACGGCCUUAAUCAAAUCCUUCCUAAGUGUCAUAAUAAUAUUUACAACAGGUUUCGUCCACUUAUCACAAUGGUGAGCUUACAAUCAAUAUUAAAGUCCUAUAAAUAUUUUUAAUGCUAAGAGAAUUAUGAAUGUUGAGGUAUCCUACCUAUUAUUGUUAUUGUUGAGUAUAAGAAAUAUUUAGAUUCAUGAAGAAACAUAUUCAAUCAAAUUAUGAUUAUAUAAAUAUUUUUAUUGAACAUUUUGUAUUUAUGUAUAGCGAUCUUAUUAUAAAGUAAAUCUAUUUAAUAUUUAUGAUUAUGGAUAAAAUUACAGUCAAGCGAUAUGUGUUUAUAAGUUGGUCUAUGUCGAAUGCAACCGAAACGAUUAUGUAAAAGAACAUUGAUAGGUAUAUAAGUUUCAUGGGAAAUUGGAGAAGGAAAAGGAAUUGAAAUAUAUACAUUAAUUCAAUUAGUGUAGUAAAUCGUUAUGUUCGUACAAUACGUUGAUAGUUAAUACUAGUAAAUGUAGUAUAUAAGAUGUUCUUUAAAAGGUUUCAUUUGGUGUAGUCCAGCUUUUAAAGCUAUGUGAUAAAAUGGAGUUCGCCUUAAACGAAUUUAUAUCAGUCAGUGACGUUAGUGCCUUCUAUAGUAUGCCUUCUUCCUUUAAAAUAAAUGAGGUUUUGUUAAUAAA